AUGAAGAGGACAGAAGGAGCUUCGACGAAAUUGGAAGGGGAUCGUGGGCAAGGAACGACAGCCUUGAGAGUGUCUCUGGAUAUUGCGUCCCUGACCAAAUGGAUAACCUUGCAGCCAUCUCUGAAAUCUGUGCUUUUAGAAGGGGGCUUCUCUCUUCGAGAUGUCUCGGAUGCCAGUCAACUCCAGCAGUUGCUGACCAUCAAGCAGUUUGGGUUUGGUCAGUCAAACCCGACCUUUUUCGUCAAGAUUGCGAGCAACAGUGGAACAACAACGAAAUGGGUUCUGCGCAAAAAGCCACAAAAGGUUGCUCAUGCUUCGGCACAUGCUCUGCAUCGCGAGUUUCGGGUACUCAAAGCGCUACAGCGCCACAAUCAGCUACAUCCAGAUGCUCUCGUACCAGUCCCAGAAGUAUACGCGUAUUGCCGAGACAAGCAAGUGCUAGGUGCGGAAUUUUAUAUCAUGCAAUUCAUCCAAGGGCGCAUCUUUACGGACCCUUCCAUGCCCGGACUCACGCGACAACAACGACAAGAUGCAUACCGUGAUAUUGUUCGGGUUUUGGCCAAUCUACAUUCGGUGAACUUGGAGCAGGUCGGAUUACUGGACUAUGGAAAGAAACCUAGUCGCUACGUCGAACGACAAUUAGAUCGACUCUUGUCCGUCAGCCGAAAACAAAGCGAACUAGCCGGUGGGGAAUCCAACAACCCUGACAUUGAACGAUUGGCUAUUUUGCUAAAGGAGCACGCCGUUCAUUGUCCAAAGCUUGUCAGUCUACUUCACGGCGAUUUCAAAGUGGAUAAUUUGAUCUUUCAUCCAACAGAAUCCAGACUCAUUGGAGUGUUGGAUUGGGAGCUUUCCACUAUUGGCAAUAGCUACUGCGACUUGGCCAACCUCUCCAUGAUGUACUUUAUGCCCCGGGCGGCUCCUGCCAUUACUGGAAUUGCGGGAUUGGAUUUGCAAGAAUUGGGAAUUCCUUCUCGAGAACAACUCAUCCAAAUGUACUGCAAGGAGGCCAACGUGGAAUCGCUCCAAACUGCUCUGGAGUGGAGCGGGUUCUUUUUGUCCUUUUUAUAUUUCAAGAAUUGUGUCAUUGUGCAGGGAGUGGCACAGAGAUCCAAAGCUGGUGUUGCCAGCAGUCCCAUUGCCAAGAAGGUUGCCGCACUCCUUCCCAAGGUGAUUCAGUUGACCCAAGCAAUUCUCGAAAUGCAUCCUCCACCCACAACAACCGCUGCGAUGACGAGUAGAUUAUAG